UAGAUUUAAAAUUUUGUAGGUUAGGGUUUUCUUAAUUUUUCCCAGAAAAACUAAUUUAGUAAAAUGCAUUUUUUAAAAGAAACCAUUCGCCUAAAGUUAUUUCGGCUUAUUACAAGACACAAACGAAAUCAUUCUACAGCAAUUAGCGAGGCAGCCAAGAAUCCUCAAGCCACCGUAGCGUUUUCAAAUGGUCGUAAUUUAACAAUUUCCACUGGCCAAUACGCAAAAUUAGCUGAUGGAUGUGCAGUGGGUACCAUUGGCGACACCUCUACCAUGGUGACAGUAGUUUCAAAAGCAAAACCAAGUCCAAGCAGUUUCUUACCUCUGGUGGUUGAUUAUAGGCAGAAAAGUGCAGCGGCAGGUAGGAUACCCACCAAUUUCUUUAGGAGAGAAUUAGGACCAUCGGAAAAAGAAAUUUUAACCUCCAGGUUAAUUGAUAGGAGUUUACGCCCCCUGUUUCCAGAUAAUUAUUAUUAUGACACUCAAGUGGUAUGUAACAUGUUGGCAAUAGAUGGUAUAAAUAAUCCAGAUAUUAUAGCAAUAAAUACAGCAUCAGCAGCUUUAGCUUUAAGUGACAUUCCAUGGAAUGGCCCUAUAGGUGCUGUUAGGGUUGGAAUGAUUGAUAAUGAGGUCUUAAUAAAUCCAACUAGAAAGGAACUACAUGAAUCUAAAUUAAAUUUAAUCAUAUCUGCCACUAAAAGGAAUUUGGUGGUUAUGCUUGAAGGCAAUGCUGACUCAAUACCAAUCCACGAGCUGCAGAGAGUAAUAAAACAAGGCACAAAAGAGACUCAACACAUCAUAAGUGAAAUAGAAACCCUUCGAAAGGAGCAUGGCAAACCCAAAAGGGCCAUAGACCCGAUCCUUACCCUUAGCGAAGAAGUCAAUGAAGCCCUGCGAUCUUUAUCGGAAAUGAGAAUAAAAGAAAUUUUUCAAAAUUACACCCUAGAUAAGAUUGCCAGAGACAAUGCCCUGAAUGAGGUCAGAGGAAAUGUCUUGGAAAAAAUCCGAUUUUCAUUCCCAGAUAGUGACUCAAAUUUAGUAAGUGAGGGCUAUAAUAAAUUGGUGAAGCAAAUAUUCAGAAAUUUAAUAUUUGAAAAAGAGCAGAGGUGUGAUGGUAGGCAACACGACGAGUUGAGAAACAUCAGCUGUCAAGUGGAUCUUUAUAAACCUCUGCAUGGCUCGGCGGUGUUUACCCGAGGCCAGACUCAAGUUUUAUGCACAGUUACUUUGGAUUCACACGAGAGUGCCAUGAAACUAGACCCGUUAAGUAUAGUGACUAGUGGGGUUAAAGAAAAGAACUUCUUCCUCCACUAUGAAUUCCCCCCAUUCGCUACUAAAGAAACUGGUCGAAUUGGACCAAUUGGAAGGAGGGAAAUGGGACAUGGCGCUUUGGCAGAAAAGGGACUUUUCCCUACCAUACCCAGUGACUUUCCUUUUACCAUAAGGCUCACGUCGGAGGUACUGGAAUCUAAUGGUUCCAGUUCGAUGGCCAGUGUAUGUGGGGGGAGUUUGGCACUGAUGGAUGCAGGAGUGCCGGUCAGUUCACCCGCGGCUGGAGUUGCCAUCGGUUUAAUCACUAAAUACGAUGAGAAAAAUUGUAAUGUUGAGGAUUUUCGACUGCUGACUGAUUUGUUGGGGAUUGAGGAUUAUUUAGGAGAUAUGGACUUUAAAGUGGCUGGUAGUAAAGCAGGUGUAACAGCUUUACAAGCAGACAUAAAAAUUCCCGGUCUACCACUGAGAAUAGUAAUGGAAGCGUUAGAAAAGGCAAAACAUGCACACCGGCAAAUCUUACAAAUUAUGCACGAAUGCAUACCCCAGCCGAGAAAAGCGAAGAAAGACAAUUGGCCGGUAGUGGAAAAAUUGGAAGUUGAACCGCAUAAAAGACAUAAAUUUUUAGGUGUAGGAGGAAUUAAUUUAAAAAAGUUGUUUGCCGAAACUGGAGUUCAAGUAUCUCAACUGGAAGACACGACUUUCCAAAUCUUCGCACCCAAUCAGAGCGCCAUGGACGAAGCCAAAGAAAUUAUAGAAAAAAAUUUAGCCACUGAACGAGUUCCAGAAUUACAAUUUGGGGACAUUUAUAAAGCGACUAUUGUGGAAAUUAGAGAUAUUGGGGUUAUGGUGACUUUAUAUGCAGGCAUGCCCCCUGCUUUGUUACAUAAUUCACAAUUGGACACAAGAAAGGUGGGUCAUCCGUCAGCUUUGGGUCUAGAAGUCGGUCAGGAGCUGCAAGUGAAAUAUUUUGGAAGAGAUCCAGUUUCAGGCCUCAUGAGACUGUCUAGAAAAGUUCUAACUGCCGCUAAAGCUUCUUAAACAGAAAUAAAUUACGUUUAUAGACAUUUUUUUAAAGAUUUGUACAUAUUACUAAGACUGUGAUUAUUUUUAUCAGGAUUUUGUUUAAGAAUAAAAUACACGUGUAUGUUUUUAAAAGAA